CACUGCCAGUUCCCUGCCAUUCAGCCGGCAGCAGCAGAGGGACCAGGACGGUGCACGUGGGCUCUGCUGUGUGACUUGCAUUCUGCCUGGAGCUGCAAUGGGUGAAUUAGAUGGGCACAACCUGUCAGUUAUUCUACUGCAGGAAUAUGACUUUGAGAGACGUUUUGAUGAUCAGGGUGCCAUCCAAUGGAUGCAAGAAAACUGGAGCAAGUCUUUCUUCUUCUCAUUGCUGUAUGCUGCAUUGAUAUUUGGAGGUCAACAUAUGAUGAAAGAAAGAAGGAGGUUUGAAUUGCGCCGGCCUUUAGUUCUCUGGUCCUUCACAUUAGCUGUCUUCAGUAUCAUAGGUGCGGUUCGAACUGGUUGGUUCAUGGGGAAUAUGCUUAUUAGCAGUGGUUUCAGGCAGUCGGUGUGUGACCGUGCGUUUUACAGUGGGCCUGUUAGUAAAUUCUGGGCUUAUGCCUUUGUCCUAAGUAAAGUGCCAGAACUUGGUGACACCUUUUUUAUUGUCCUGCGCAAGCAAAAGCUGAUCUUCCUCCAUUGGUACCACCACAUCACUGUGCUGCUUUACACUUGGUAUACCUACAAGGACAUGGUUGCUGGAGGUGGAUGGUUCAUGACCAUGAACUACACGGUGCAUGCCUUUAUGUACUCUUACUACACAUUGCGUGCCGCUGGGAUUCCCGUUCCACGCCCCUGUGCCAUGUUCAUCACAUUUACCCAGAUCUUACAGAUGGUAAUGGGCAUCGUGGUGAACGUUCUCGUAUAUAGGUGGAUGCAGGAUGGAACUUGUUUGAGUACCACAGAGAAUAUAUUCUGGUCCUCUCUGAUGUAUUUCAGUUACUUGAUCCUUUUCUGUAGUUUCUUCCAUAAAGCAUACUUGAAAUUUCCCACUCAAAAGAAGAAUGAUUAAUUUGGUGAGAUCCUUGGCCUGUUCCUUGGAGCAGUAUUGCCAACAUCUGUACAUUUCCAACUACAAUGUGACCAAGGACUAUAUUUACAUAAUAAAUAGUGCAUAUAAGGUUAGAAACACCUAUAGUGAAUAAUGAUGGGAUGCCAACGGCACCAUCUCUAUAAAGAUUAUUGUGUUUAUGGAAAAGUAUAACAUACGCAAGCCACGUUGAUGUGUUAUUUAAUACGAGGUGCUGACAAUGCAAACAAUUUUGAAGUUUUUUUAUUUAAAGGGAACGUUUUCUGUGAAUUUAAGGAUAACAGUAAUAUUUUCAUCUGAUGCAAAAUACCUCUUUUUUUUUUUUUAAAUGAAUUCGCCAAUUUGGGCUCAGAUAACGGUAUGCAAAUAACUGCACACUGAAAAUAGAUUUGCUCUGUGCAAAACAGAAAUUGGUAUAGCUCCUUUAUGUUUUUCCUCUUAAUUUAUUUCUGCAAGAAAAUGUAAUGGAAGCAACAUGUAUAUAAUAGCACCAUGUUAACCCAUGCCCCAGACACAGUGAAUGCAGCAUUAUAAGACUCAUAUCAGACAGCGCACAUAGGGAAGUUAAGCCGUUAAAGUCUAUGGAUAAACUAAACACUAAACCAAGCAGGCAUAUUGUAUUGAAAACAAUCUCCUGCAGAUGUCAUUGCACAGGUCUAAGUCAGACACACUAGUACAAUAUAUACUGGACCUUGAGCCAGUGUUGGACUGGCCCACUGGGAUACCAGGAAAACUCCCGGUGGGCCCAGGUGUUUGGGGGCCCUUGAGUUGCUAAAGAUUUGGCCUAUUUCAUGGCUAUUUCCUAUUUCUUUGAGAACAAAGA